UAAAAUAACUCUUCCUAAAAUUUGUUCUAGUGUGUGUCUGACCAAAAUAUUCUCUUACUCUUAUGCUCUGAUUCCGAGUUUUUUUACCUUUCUCUAUCGUUUGUUUAGACCAAUAUCUCUGUGGCUUUUCGUGUUAAAUAUUUUCUCUUUGAGCUGUUCAACUGCAUUUUGCCAAAUUGUUAAACUCCCCCUACCCCCACCACCCCACCACCCUCAACUCUACUCCUACAACUACCACUGCCAUUUUCUCCAUUAUAUGAAUCUUCUUUUCCCAAUAAUCUUGAAAGUUCUGUUCUUUGGUUGAAAUUCUUGAAUUUGCUGUAAAAAUGGAAUCUUUAUGGUUUUAAAAAGCACCUGCUAUGGAUCUUGAAACAGGGGUUAAUCAGAAUAGAAACAAGAAAGAAUCUUGGAGGACAAUCUUGACAUUGGCUUAUCAGAGUUUAGGAGUUGUAUAUGGGGAUUUGAGUACAUCACCUUUAUAUGUUUAUAAAAGUACUUUUGCUGAAGAUAUUACACAUUCAGAGAGUAAUGAAGAAAUAUAUGGGGUUUUAUCAUUUGUGUUUUGGACAUUGACUUUGGUUCCACUUUUGAAGUAUGUGUUCAUUGUGCUUAGAGCUGAUGAUAAUGGUGAAGGUGGAACUUUUGCUUUGUAUUCACUCCUUUGUAGACAUGCUAAAGUUAAUUCAUUGCCCAGUUGUCAGUUAGCUGAUGAGGAGUUAUCAAGUUAUAAGAAGGAUAUAAUUAGUCCUGCUCCUGCCCCAACUACUUUUGGUGCCACACUUAAGUCAACUCUUGAGAGGUAUAGAGUGUUGCAGAGAUUUCUGCUUGUAUUGGCUUUACUUGGAGCUUGUAUGGUUAUUGGAGAUGGUAUCCUCACACCUGCUCUUUCAGUUUUCUCAGCAGUUUCUGGCAUUGAACUUGCUAUUGGAAAAGAACAUCACAAAUAUGUAGAAGUUCCACUUACUUGUGUCAUACUGAUAGCCUUGUUUGCCCUUCAGCAUUAUGGCACCCACAGGGUUGGAUUUUUGUUUGCACCUGUUGUCAUAACAUGGCUUGUGUGUAUCAGUGCUAUUGGUGUGUAUAAUAUUGUACAAUGGGACCGCCAUGUGUACCGAGCACUGUCUCCAUAUUACAUGUACAAAUUCCUGAAAAAAACUCAAAGAGGAGGCUGGAUGUCCUUGGGAGGGAUCCUCCUGUGCAUAACAGGUUCUGAAGCAAUGUUUGCUGAUCUAGGACACUUCUCCCAAUUGUCAAUACAGAUUGCUUUUACCUUCAUGGUUUAUCCAUCACUGAUUCUAGCAUAUAUGGGACAAGCUGCUUAUCUUUCACAGCAUCAUGUUAUUGAAAAUGAAAGCUAUCGAAUAGGCUUCUAUGUUUCUGUACCAGAGAAACUAAGGUUGCCGGUUCUGGUGAUUGCUAUACUUGCCGCCGUGGUGGGGAGCCAGGCCAUUAUCACUGGAACCUUUUCAAUUAUUAAACAAUGCUCCUCGCUGGGUUGCUUUCCUAGAGUCAAAAUAGUGAAUACGUCAUCCAAAAUACAUGGGCAGAUAUAUAUUCCAGAGAUUAAUUGGACCUUAAUGCUACUAUGCUUGGCUGUUACUAUUGGCUUUAGAGACACCAAAAGGAUGGGCAAUGCUUCAGGUUUGGCAGUCAUAACUGUCAUGCUAGUUACGACUUGCUUGAUGUCGUUGGUGAUUGUUUUGUGCUGGCGCAAGAGUGUCCUCCUUGCACUUUGCUUUGUUAUAUUCUUUGGGACGAUUGAAGCCUUAUAUUUCUCAGCUUCUCUGAUUAAAUUUUUGGAAGGAGCAUGGGUGCCUAUUGCCAUAGCCUUUACUUUCAUGAUAGUAAUGUGCAUUUGGCACUACGGCUCUUUAAAGAAGUACGAAUUUGAUGUCCAAAAUAAGGUCUCUGUUGAGUGGCUACUCGGUCUUGGUCCAAGUCUAGGCAUUGUACGGGUUCGUGGCAUUGGCCUCAUACACACUGAGCUUGUAUCCGGAAUCCCAGCAAUCUUUUCACACUUUGUUACCAAUCUUCCGGCAUUCCACCAGGUCUUAGUUUUCCUUUGUGUCAAAUCUGUCCCAGUUCCUCAUGUUAAACAUGAGGAGCGUUUCCUGGUUGGACACAUUGGCCCAAGAGAGUACCGCAUGUACAGGUGCAUUGUCAGGUAUGGUUAUCGCGAUGCUCACAAGGAUGAUUCAGAAUUUGAGAAUGAUCUUGUAUGUAGCAUAGCAGAGUUUAUACGAACAGGAAGGACAAGGUUGAAUGUUAACGGUGAGGAUCUUAGAAAGGAUUUCGAGGACAUGACUGUUGUUGGAACGCCUUCUACUCAUUUAUCAGGAGUUCAAUUUUGCGAGGAUGAGGAUGUAAAUGCUGAAUUAGUUGGACCAUCAGAGCGUAGAGAAAUACUUUCUCCACGCGUAACCAAGCCUAAGAAAAGGGUGAGGUUUGUCAUACCAGAAUCUCCCAAGAUUGAUAGAGGUGCACAGGAGGAGUUGCGCGAACUAAUGGAAGCAAGGGAAGCUGGCAUCGCUUACAUAUUGGGACAUUCCUAUGUAAGAGCCAAACAAGGAUCUAGCUUAUUUAAGAAAAUAGUUAUAAAUUUUGGAUAUGACUUUUUGAGAAGGAACAGUAGACCACCUACAUACACAUUAAGUGUACCCCAUGCUUCUACUUUAGAGGUAGGAAUGGUUUACAAUGUAUGAUUCUUAGCAUACAGGAAAAAAACAAAUAAUGAAUGUUGUACAUGUGUUUGUAGCUUUUUUUGUGAAUAGAAGAAAAGUUGAGUAACAUUUUACCAUAUGAUUGAUUGAGAUUGAGAAAUAUCUACCACUGACAGCCCAUAUUCUUGUA